UCUAAAAAUACUGACGCAAAAUAAUAUGAUAAUUAAUGUGAUUUAUUGAUCGAAUUUCCGCUUUUUCCUCUAUCUUCAAAGUCAUGCACUUUCCACAAACAUCUCAGGGAGACGUCUCGUAUAUGCAUAGGACACCGUCUCCGGCUUCCCACAUCUGUGCCCGGGGGACGACGUGCCGGGCACUGCGCGCCGCGCGCCAAGGGUUCGGUGCCUUUAUUUUGACAGGGAGCCCAUCCACAUGCCGCACUUGGCUCCCUCUCCCCUCCCCCCGUGUUUACAUGGCAUGUCAGUGCCUGUGGGAUAGAGUCACUAUUGCAGAUUACUUUCCAUCUGGAUGCUAGUCUGACCCCUUUGAAGUCUCCCUUAAAUGAAGAGAGUCGCAACUUUUCAAUCUGACAAGCCAGCGAAGAGGCAUCGCUCUCUCAUGACCUAACUGCUCUUCCCGAACGACUGGACGUCCCGCGUUGGGCUAAAUCAAUAAAUAAAAAUCAGCGAAACUUUUUGAAGAGAAAAAGUAGGCUACAUCGUCCACGAAAAUCUUUUUUUUCUUUUGUAUCUUAAAUUUUGCAUAUAGCACAAAAUCGGAAUUUAUCUCUAUAGCUUAUUUAAGGCAUCUCAAGCAUGCGGUUUCAGUCGAUGCGUGUGUCUCUACUGAUUUUCGCUCUAUUGCUGGCGGAGUGCCGGGGUUCUCAAAUAAAGUUUGGUCGAUUGGACCGGUGGGCGAAAGCUGGAUUCCAGUACCUGAAGCUUAACCUAUGCCGGAGGGUUUCCUCCUUGUCGGAGAGCGAAUGCAAGAGGCUGUCCCACCUUCACCAGAGCGGGGUGGCGGUCUACGUCUCUGAACCAAACUCCGAAAAAGUACUGGCGAUCCUCCCCGACUCGUAUUCAACUGGUUUGCUCGCUUCCAAACAAGGAGGAUACGCGAUAGCUUCGGUUCUGGACGACGGCAAGAGGCACCAGGACUUUUACCUUGGGUCCACUGCGCAUGACGCAGUAUUGGUGUUGGAUCCCAGUCCGGGCGAAAGUUUCGGACACCCCGUCGUCCUUUUCUAUAUCGAUUUCAACGUGACCAAGAAAAAAUGUGGACAUAGAGAUGGAAUUUUCAUAGGUGAGGAGUGCCUGACCCUGGCGCUGAAGAGCCGCUGUCAGAACCAGCUGAAGCGGCGCCAGAGCCGCAGCGAGCGCCCGGGCGGGAAGAGCCGCGCCCGCCGGGGGGCGGGGGCGGGGGCGGGGGCGCACGCCACGCGGGCGGAGCGCAGCGGCGGCCUCUGCGAGAUACACUUCCUCCCCCUGGUGGUGGGAGUGCGGGACGGCAACCGGACACAGCGACUGCACUGCGUGGAUCACCCGGGUUUCGCCCCGUGCCCGCGGCUCCUGCCCAUGUCCAGCCCCAGCGCGCCCGCCUCCAGCUGCGAGCUCAACAAGAACACGCGCCGCUGCCACCAGCAGCCGCUGGCCACGCACCUGUCCUGCCGCCUCUACCAGACCUGCGACCACGCCGUCCUGCUCUCGGGGGGCUGGCAGGAGCAGAUCACCUUCCUCCACCACGUGCAGAACCUGCGACUGUUCUACCGGAUGCUGAGGAGCAACGGCUUCCACAAGGACCACAUCAAGACCUUCUUUGCCGGCAGCAGACAGGUAGCAGAGGAGAGCGCAGAGGGGGCGUACCCGGCCACGGAGAAGGAGGCGAUCAGAAACCACGUCUCCCACGUGUGCCGCAAGGAGCACUGCGCGGACUCCCUGGUGCUGUACCUCAACAGCCCCACGCGCAACGACGGGACCAUGCUGCUGUGGGACGGCAACUACAACGGCAUCGCGGACGCUAAGGAGCGCUACUCGGUGGGCGAGCUGCUGGCGGACCUGGCCGGGUGCCGGGCCAGCCGGGUCCUGCUGUUCGUGGACCAGAGCUACAGCGGCGCCCUGGCCAAGAGGCUGAAGGGGUCGCUCAAGCACCUGAACGUGGCGCUGCUCGUCGACUUCCCCUGGACGGAGAUGGCCGAGUACUGGGGAUCCUCCGACCCUCCCCGGUGUCUCAUAGACCACCUGAGCCAGGAUCCCGCCGCGCCCCGCCUGGGAGACUCCGCGGCGGCGCUCCUGAACGUCACGCUCGCCGGCGCCCCCUGCAGUGCCACGCCCCCGCUGACCAAGGCGGAGAUCCGCCGGGAGUACAUGGGCUGCCAGAACCUCCCGACGGCACUCUGGUACCAGAGCCGGCGUCGGCCGGAGGACAGGAGGCACUGAGCAGCCCUGCACCCGUUUCAACGCACGUCAGAAACACGCCCACCACACACAGUCACCAUGGAAACUCACUCACUCUACACUCCCCUUCAUGCCAACAUGCCAGCCCCCUAUAGAAGAUGUCCCCGUCACUUCACUCCACGUAGUGGCCAUACAGUAGGAGUUCACUCCACAAAGUGGCCAUACAGUAAGAGUUCACUCCACGUAGUGGCCAUACAGUAAGAGUCCACUCCACGUAGUGGCCAUACAGUAAGAGUUCACUCCACGUAGUGGCCAUACAGUAAGAGUUCAUUCCACAUAGUGGCCAUACAGUAAGAGUUCACUCCACAUAGUGGCCAUACAGUAAGAGUUCACUCCACAUAGUGGCCAUACAGUAAGAGUUCACUCCACAUAGUGGCCAUACAGUAAGAGUUCACUCCACGUAGUGGCCAUACAGUAGGAGUUCACUCCACAAAGUGGCCAUACAGUAAGAGUUCACUCCACGUAGUGGCCAUACAGUAAGAGUCCACUCCACGUAGUGGCCAUACAGUAAGAGUUCAUUCCACGUAGUGGCCAUACAGUAAGAGUUCAUUCCACAUAGUGGCCAUACAGUAAGAGUUCACUCCACAUAGUGGCCAUACAGUAAGAGUUCACUCCACAUAGUGGCCAUACAGUAGGACUUCACUCCACAUAGUGGCCAUACAGUAAGAGUUCACUGACUGGGAACGAGGGAAACAUUAAAAACACCAUUACAUAAGAAGUGCCAUCAGUAAUAAGAGUACAAAUUCCAAACGCAAUAAACCAGGAGGUUCAGUGUCCACUCCGGCACCAACCAAUCAGCCCCGCAGCAUGGAAAUAUAAAAAUUUCCCUGUCACAUAUAGUUCUGCAUUUUAUUGUUUUUUCGUAUGUACGCACUUAUUGACAUGCAUCGACCUUCCCUGGACAUUGACAAGGCGGCACUGACCUAAAAUGUACAACGUUACUUCAGAAGAAAAGAAAAGAAGAGAGAGGGUGUCUCUGAUACUUACGCUCCACGCGGCAUCACGUCCACCCCUCUUCCCGCCAGCGAUACGCAGUUAGCGGGCGUCCCGCGGGGAGUGUCCCGUAAGAGCGCUGCGGUGCCUCGUGGGGGGUUCAGCUGGGGGCCAGCAUCGCCUCUUUGAAGAGUGCGCUCUUGCCGGAUCACUGAGCAAGCCGCGUUAAAAAACAUGGCGACAACACCACUCCGCUCCCCCCGCUCUCCGAGUUCCGCUAACAUUCCAGGACAAAACCUUCCCCCCUCCCCAGAAUGCCCCGGUGCUCUGUGACAUCACAAUGAUUUAAUCAUGAGAACGGUGCCAGCCCCAGGCCCCCCCCUCCCACCACAGAGAGGUCGACGGCAGCGCUACACGCUCACACGUCAGGAUGUUGCCCAAGCAACGGGUCACACACCGGGAAAGGGAAAUAUUCACACACUAAACAGGAUACAGGGGCCAAAUAUGUGUACCAGCUAGAAGCAAAACACGCAACAUUUAAUCUGAGACACACCCCAUCUUACACAGGCCUGCGAUGCGGUCAGAUUUACCAGUAUGUGUAUAUAUUUAUAAAUAUAUUACGAUACGUAUUCUUAUCCAUGUAUUACUUAGUACACGUAAGUGAACACACGCAUACCGCAAACAGAGUUUUCGUAUGUAAAGUUUGUCUCUAUGGAUUGUUGUUUAAAUUUUUGGGGCAUCAGUCAGUCAUACCCUCCAUUUUCCCACCAAACAUAAACACCAACCGUAAGAGCUUCAUGAAGUCACACCUCACGCCACAAUGCAACCGCUGGGCUGUGAACUAAAAUACAGCAAUCAUCACACCUGUGCUGAAACUUCACUGCAGCCUGAACAAACUGUCUUCUGAAUGCACCGUAGAAAGAUUAUGUUCACUGUAAAUAUAUCCGUCUUACUGCGCCAAGACUUACGGUGAAUGCUUUUUCAUUGCUUAUUGUACACGUGGUUUUUUCCAACAGUAAUCAUUCCUCUUAUGUAUUUUAAACCAUAAAUCAUGUAGAUGGCUGUACAUAUUUGUAAUAAAUUAACUUUUGUACAUAG